UAAAAGGUAUCAAAGCACGCAGCGCAUACAAUAAAGGUUUUCCGGAAAAGAGAACGGUAAAUUUAUUCGGUGAAUAGUGAAAACCCAACGAUUGUUGCGAUAAAAGAGCAAUACUGACGCGAAAGUUGUAGAACGGAUGUUAAAAUUGUUAAUCCGUUAACGCAGUGAGUAGCUUUACGGCGGGCCACAACAGCUUGAUAUCGACAGACGGAAAAUAGCGCAGGAAAAACGAUGUAAAUAAUGGUCUCCAACAAGGCCCCGAUUAACGAAGGAAACAAACGCGUAGGCAAUCAAAUGGCUAAUCGGCAGCGAUUCAAACAGGGCAUGAACAAGCCGUACAAUCCAAUGAACAACAUGCGAAGCAUGAGCGUGAUGUUCAACGCGAAUCAACUAGGCGACGAUCCCGGCUUUGUGGAUUUCAAUGAUGAUUCAGUUACAUCCAACGCAAAUGGUACGGGUAACAAUGCCGGUGGACCAAAACCAUCCGUCUCGAGUGUGUUGGAUGGUGGAAACAAAAACGGGCCCUUCGCCAACGGUAAUCGACGAAUGAAUCCCCCGAUGAAGCGUUCGAUGAAGAAUGGAGCACCAGGCAUGAGGAAUCGCAUGAAUGGUGGAGUGAACGGAAUGCCUAGCUGGGGUCACCAAAUGCCUCCGCCAAAUAUGUUUCCUGGUCCACCGGCAGCCGGUCGGCGAGGACAUAUGAAUCCGCCACCGAUACCACCACCAGUUCCGCCAGCCCAUUUCCGCAACGGUCCGGGAAUGCGCAUGAGAGGACCACAGGGUGGAAGAUACGGCACCGGUCAUCCUGGGCCGAUGUCGCUAUUGUCGAUGAACAGAACACUACCUCCUCCGAUACCACCCAUGGCCGGUCGGUCGAUGCCCCCACCACCACCCGGUAUGGGAAGAAUGAUGCCACCGCCUCUACGCCAUGGUUUAGACGGACCGAUGCGUCGCAAUAUGAACGGAAAUAUGCAUGCACGUGGUGUGGGUGGUAAGAUGGGGCCAUUCCUACGCAACGGUAUGGCACCGAAUGGUGGUGCGAUAGGAUUGAAUGGAAAGCGAACUCGAGCAAGACCGGCACAGCACCAGAGCAGAGAAGAAUACCCACUGGACAAACCGUGGGUCACGCAGGGCAUUAAAGCAGAGCAUGAUAAGAAAGCAGAGCUCGCAAAUCGCCUGAAAGGACACCGGGAUGAUGUGCUGUUUGCACAGUUCAAAGAGCAGCGGGAUAAGUUUGUCAAAAUGUAUGAAGCAGCACGCCUGGAAUACAUUGGAAAGCACCCCGAACAGGAUGUAGAUAAAAUAUUAACAGCGCCGGCUUGUAAAAAAGCCCGUAUCGAAAAUGUAGAAAAAGCAAACGCUGCGACAGAGAAUACCGCUAAAACCGAUGGAACAGUUAGCAGCAGUGCUCCGGUUGCUACUGCCACAACUGUCCUUUCCACUGAUUCUACUGAACCGACGAAAUGUGACACAAACGGUAGUACCAAUGCAGAUGCAGAUGUCAGUUGCACUGUUACGAACAAUACGAAUUCUACAUCCUCUACUACCACUACUGCUACUAUCGAUACCAAUGAUACCAUUGAAAUCACAUCUGCUACUGCUAACCAGGAACAAUUGUCAGCAGAGACAGAGUUAAGUUCUGCGGCCGCUAGAAUUGAACCUGCUGUACCCGUUUAGUAAUCCAGUGUGUAUUUUUUGUUUUAGUGAAUAGAGAGAACAGAUGAAAUGAUCCGUUUUUGCGAUUAAUGAAGAAACGAUCCAUCUAGAGACUACAUAACUAAAAACUUAUCAAACUCGUAAAAAAAUCGCUUUCCAUCGUUGUUGAUGAAUCGCAAAGUAUAACAUCAUGCGUAGUGUAGGACAUGCUGAGUAUGUAAAAAGGACAGAGCAGAGUGUUAGCGUUUAAUGAUCUUUUUGCAUAAUGAUGUUUUGUUCUCCCUCAAUUAUACUCGUUAGACUGAACGCCAAAAACCCAAACGAAGGAUUAAAAUGAGCAUUUCAAUGAUGAGUAAUUUUCAACAAACCUCCGUUUUUGUAUCGAAUGUAACGUUACACAGAUAAUCUAAACUGCAGAGAUAAUCUUUUACACAUAUAUUGUUACACGCGUUACACUAUUUAGCAUCAUACGCGAGGAGAAGAAAACAAUACAAACCUAUUGAAACUAUGUCUGUUUGCAAUAACAAUACAUCAUAUAGAAAAAAUAGAUCCCACCAAAUAAAUCAGCAAACUGUUUAACGAUUUACCAGAAGGCAGAAGUCUAUGAAAUGUACUGUAAAACAAUAGCUAGCUUCUGUUAAACCGAACAUCGCACCGCAUGCAAUAUAAUCGUGGUACUGGUGUGAAGAUGUAUCCUUUACGACUAUUACUAAGUAAUACGAAUUUUAAUCUAAAACGAAAAGAAAAUCUUUAAAGCAAACACAGUAGUAUUCAGAAGUCGUCAGAAUUGCUUGUAAUGGAAUUGGAAAUUAGUAUAUGAAAACGUACACGGAACAAAUUAGCGGCAAAACUGAUAAAAUAUUUCUAAUCUUUCGAGGGCUGCUGAUUUGGAGCGGUUUUGUAGUAGUAAAUAUAAUAUAUCGAGAAAAAUUACACCGUUCACAGCCACUGUCGGCGUGAUUUGUAAUUGAAGGUUGGUGAUAAGCGAUCGAGUAUCGAGAAUUAGUAAAAUUUCACGUGCGAUAUAUAUGAUCAUGAUCAAACUAUCCGCUAGCCAAUAUAUAAGAGAAGUACAGAUCCAUGUACCCGACUGAACUUAAAAAAACAGAACCUCUGUCAUGCACUAUUGUCUAUAAUGCUACUGCUGCUGCUACAUAGAAUCCUACAAUGUAUGGUGGAGUUAUAGCAGCAAUAAGUGUACGAAUCAUGCAUUUCAUUUGAGUACUCCAUUAACCUAUUACAUCCCAGAGGUACGAAAUCUUCAUUCAAAUGGCUUGAAAGUUGAUAGUCUGAGUCUGAAACGAGUCCAAAUUAGGUUAGGACAUUUUUAUUUCACCGUCUUCAGAACUCGCGAUGUCUGAAGAACAAAAAUUUUUAUUUUCUUUGGACAUUUUUUUUCAUAAAUGUAUUGUAACCCCUGGCAAACAUUGUUUUCACAUAAAUUGUAGCAAUAUAGAUUCUGUUAAAAUGCCAAACUGUGAAAUAUUAGUUGCACACUUUUCCAACUUAAUUUUUUCCGAACUUUGGACACUACUUAAACGACCAAAAUUAAUCUAUUAUUGUAGCUGGUAUUAAAGGUACUCUUCAAUUAUCAUCUGAUACCAUUAAAAACAAGCUAGACACUUCGGUUUCAUAAACACAGAUGUUUAUAACAGAGUAUUUUGACGAAUGAAAUUUCAUACGCUGGGAUGUGUGAUUGGUUAACUUUGCGCAAAACGCUAACGAUAUAGGUAAAGUUUCACUCAUACAAGUAGCAGCUUCAGCUGGAGAGCGAGUAACGGAUAAAAUAUUUCAAAUGUUGUAUCAAUUGACCAUAACAAAGAGUAACAAAAUUAAACGGUGAACGUUGCAUAUGUUCAUAUUGCUUUUCACUAUCGUUACUGUUUUCAAGAAAAUUAUGUGAAGGUUAUAUUAAGCGUUAAGCUCCACAUAUAUUUUAGGCAUUUCUUUGCAAGAUAUUCCCAUUACAUUGGUUUAUUUGAAAAAAGCUCUAAAUAUCAUGAUUGAAUAGGAUCUACAGAUAAAAUCAUUGAGUGCUUAACGUGUAGACAGCUUCGCUUUAUCAUUUUUGUGCCUUUAUUAUGUAUCUUUCCCGUGUCUGUUUAACUGUCUUAAGAUUGUAUUACAUUGUAUUUCAUGUAUCAAUAGCAAUAGUCCGAAUAAGUCCGGAAAGCUUGGCAUUUUAAUGAUGAGUUAAAGUUAUAUGUAUGAUUGAAUCGCAGUUUUUUAAAUGAACUUUUGAAAUUGAUGGUAAUUGUUUUUUAGUGUACAUGUGGCCACGUUUUAUGUAACGCUGUAUAACAAAUACCGCGUUUUGUAUAUUAUUUCCUAUUCAUAAAAGAGCCAUCGUUGUGCAGUUUUAUCAUCUUACGUUGUAUAUUUUAUUUUAAUAUAGUUUUCCAUAACGCUUCCACAUUAAUUGGUCUGUUUACCGUAUGUGCACGUAACGCGACACACCGUUGCUGUAUCUUCUCAGGAUUGCAUUUACGUUACUUAUUUAUGAUAAUUUAUUAUGAAAUAGCAGACCAACAACAAGUAAUGGAUGUGUAAAAAAGUGUUUGAACCCCUAACAAUCCAGCCUGAUAUUGUUCUACUAGCAAACAACCCCUACACACAACAAUCAUAUACAC